AAAGCAGUUAUGGCAAAAGUGGGUUACCCUCAAUUUAUAAUGAAUGACACAUAUAUUAAUGAAGACAUCAAAACACUGAAGUUUACAGAAAGUGACUAUUUUGGCAACGUUUUACAAACUCGCAAAUAUGCAGCCCAAUCUGAUUUCUACUGGCUUAGAAAAGAAGUUCCAAAAACAGAGUGGUUUACGAGCCCAACUACUGUCAAUGCUUUUUAUAGUGCAUCCACCAAUCAGAUCAGAUUCCCAGCAGGAGAAUUGCAAAAGCCCUUCUUCUGGGGAACAGAGUAUCCUAGGUCGUUAAGUUACGGUGCCAUAGGAGUAAUUGUUGGCCAUGAGUUUACUCAUGGAUUUGAUAGUAAUGGUCGGAAAUAUGACAAAAAUGGAAACUUAGACCCUUGGUGGACAACUGGCUCUGAAGAAAAAUUUAAAGAGAAAACAAAAUGCAUGAUUAAUCAAUACAACAAUUACUACUGGAAGAAAGCUAACUUACAUGUGAAUGGCAAGAGGACCUUGGCAGAAAACAUUGCAGAUAAUGGAGGUUUGCGAGAGGCUUUCAGAGCAUACAGGAGAUGGAUUAGAGAAAAGAGAGGAGGAGAAGAGGAACCUUUACUGCCAGGCCUUGACUUCACACACAACCAGCUUUUCUUUCUGAGUUAUGCCCAUGUAAGAUGCAACUCCUUCAGAUCAGAGUCUGCAAGAGAACAAAUAUAUAUUGGAGCUCACAGCCCUCCUAUGUUCAGAGUUAUCGGAGCCAUGAGCAACUUUGAAGAGUUCCGUAAGGCUUUCAACUGCCCGGUAAAUACGAGUAUGAACCGAGGGGCAGAAUCUUGCCGGCUGUGGUAGGCGUCCCUUCUGGAUCUUCUGUCUGCAAGGGUCUGUAAUGUGAACUGCUGUGCCUGAGCUCAAGCUCACUGUGAGAGUUUCAGAAGAACACUCUGCAGUCUGGAGAGGUGUUACUUCAAAUGCAUCUUCCUCAUCCAUGCAGAUGAACUACAUGGACACUCCUUUUAUCCAUGAAACUCCUCCUGUUUCUCUGCAGUUAUAUUGCUGUUGAUGGAUAAAUUACCGAGUCCAAUUCCUGAUUUAUAUUUGAGCAAGAGGUAAAUGCUAAAAUCCAGUUUCAAUCUAUUGCUCUGCAGGGUGGCUAUGCAGAAUGCUCCCAUAUAGAAUUUCUGGAUGAAGAAAUUAAUGAGACUUGCUAUAAAGCCAGCUCUGAUUUGCUGCAUGACACAGUAGUUUCAUAACUUAAACUGUCACUGCCUAGCACUCCAUAAACGGUGUUGCAUGAUGUAAGAGCCCAGCAGAGGGAUUUCCCAGCACCAUGAUGCCCAGAAAUAUUACAGCACUUAUCCCUAUUUACAGUGUAAGCAUUUAUUUUUCCCCCAAGAGGUGAAUUUGCCUUGUGUCGAUGAUGGCUUUGCCUACAUUUAUUUUUAAGCCUGAAAGAGCUUAAAUUUUAGGGUGUCUUAGUGUCUGCAUCUUACAGAGGAAUACGAGAACUGUAUUCUGGACAGGGUAGGGUAACCUGUAGUUUUGAGGAAAGAAGAACGUGUGACUGAAAAAAGGUGCCAACAGCAUUUGACCUAUCUGGGUCAAAAAGCCAUUCUAGAAGCUGAUGACUUUUAAAUACAGAAUAUACACAAGACAUUUGAAUUUUUCACCUGAUUACUAAAAUAUUUACAUAAAAGAAAUGAGUAAGCAAACAUAUUUUGUAGCAGAAAAAUUUGAACACAACUAUUACUUAAAAGAGAAGAAUAUCAAAAUAGUCCUUUCUUCCUCAACAGAAAUACACAUUUUUAAUUGGUAUUUAUUUAUACCUUGUGCGUUAAUUCACUUUUGGAUUGUGAAAUCAUUUCAAAUGGAGAGAGGGUUUCUUCAGGAUGAUUUAAUUACUAUACAUAUAUAUAUAUAUAAAAUUAUAUAAAUUCUUCUAUUAAUUUGUUUAAGUACUAUUAUAUUGGUAUAAAAAUAUUAAUGAGAUAAACUUUUUUACAAGGAUUUGUCAAAUAUUUCCUAAUCGUCUAGGUGGAUGAAGGUUCAAUUGUAGCUCAGUUUUUGCAAAUUGAGUUUGUUCCUUCCAACUCUUUAUAAAGAAGGGAGAUAUCAUGGAAAGCUACUUUAGGAAAGGAGAUAUAUCCUCAAACUACCUUUCAGAGUGGAGGAAGUUGAGAUUCCUAAACUCAAGCCAUUUUUGCCACUUUUUAGAAUAAAAUCACUAUGUUCGGUGGAGAUGGGAUUUUCUUCUUUUAAUUUUCCCCUGAAAAAAAGUCAAUUUUUUUCUUAAGAGCAAAUGCACAUCUUCCUUCAAGUCAGUCCUGAGUUCCACGGAUUAUGGUUUGUCAUUUGAGCUGACACUAUCAAUUUUUUCCUGGUGGUAUUUUUCACAAAAACUAUUUAGAUGUUCGUGUUUUCAUACGAACUUUCCUCAAACAAGCAGGCAUGGCUCUUGAGAAAAGUAAUGUUGUUUACCUACUAAUUGGAAAGUUCCUUAGCAAAUUGAAUGCUGUCCUGAAUUCAUUCCUGCCCUCAUACGAGCACUGACGCUACUUGAUGCUGACAGCUUUGGAUCAACAGCACAAAGUUCAGGAGUAAAAUCCAGGCCCCAUUAAAGUUAGUACCAGUAUGGUCAUUGUCCUCAAAAAACUCAGGACAGAUGCUCAAAUACUUAUUUUAACUUCCUAAAUUACUGGUCUAGGCAAAAAUGGUUUCACAACAGUCAGCUUGGAGUUUUCUAAUUUUAUCUCUCGGGUCAGAGAUCCAUUUGAAAGAGCUUCUCUCUCAUGGCUAUUUUCCAGUGGGAAAGGUCUUGUAGUUUUGUGGUUUAUGGGGUUAUUACUCUAUACUGGAUAGUGAUUUCUUCUAAAAUGUUUGCGAUCUUAAAUGUCACCCUCACUUCGUAUUGCUAGGCUCAAACCUUUCAUGUUUAAUAAUACCAAAGACUUUUGAACUGUGAUAUCGAUACAACAGCAUAAGAAACAUUCAGAAACCACAUCAUCGUUACACGGGCAGGCACGCAGCUCUUACAGUGAGCAGAGAGAUGGGCUCUAUGCUGCGGACAUAGCAGGGAGCUGAAGGGCUCAGGGACAAGGCCCUAGAAGGAGGGAAGAGUGAGCAUGGUCAGAUUUUGAGCCUAGCUUUUGGAAGUUCAGCAGAGGCCUAUGUGCUGCCUGGAAAAUGAAGAGACUUCGCUCCCAGCAUCCACAUUCAUCAGUAGCACACAAGUCUGGGGAAUCCUUGCUGUGGAUUCGUGUUUGGGCUUCAGUCUUGCCCAUGGCAGCAUGUGGAAAGCCAGUUCCACCUCCUCUGUCCAACUGUUACCUCCAGCCAAAGAGCUGAUUAGUUUACAAGGGAAUCAGCUAUCUAGGUGACAGUUGGGAAGCAAAGCAGAAGGUAAAUAAACACAUUUAUAAAACUUGGUCCCCAAAGACAGGUAGCUAGAACAUGGUGAUGAUUUCUGAGGGCUCUUCUCAUUGCCUCUAUUUUAACAGAUUCCUUGGCCCUGCUUUGUUUUCACAUUGUGCCUCCUGGAUCUGUGCUAGCAAUGCCUUGCUGUACUGCCUUCAAGUUUACCUAAUGCAUCUAUGCAAACAGGUUCUUCCUGUAUGUUCUUCUCCUAGAGCUUUUAAAUUGAUAUUUUUUUAAAUUGCCAGUAAUUAUUUCAACCCUUAUUUCCCCUUGAGCAUAUUGCAAAAUGUUCUUUCUAUUGGCUCAAUUGUCUUCAUAUCUACCAGUGGUCAGGAGGAGAAAGAUGCUAUUAAAAAAGUAUUUUUACCUAUGUGAAUUUGAAGAGUUUUUCUCUACUGUGUAGACAUAAUGAAACAACACCUACUCCUCUCUCAUGUUCCUUUAUUUUGAUCCUGAAAAUAUGCAAAACUUUAUUUUUGGUCCAACCCUAAAAAAGCUAUAUCAUCACCUUAUACACUGUGAGUUAUUUCCACUGAUUCUGUUGUGAAAGCAUAGCUUUACACAUGGGUAGCUCUUCAAAAAGGCAGCUGUGCUACUCCCCUGUGUGAACUGAUUAGGUAAGAUGUCCAUCCUAGGACUUGAUGUUGAAGGACCAAAAAACUCAGCUGCAUUAUAAAGCUCUGUCUCGUGCCUUGUGCAGGGGAACUUCAGCAUUCUUUAAGUAGGAAUGCUAUCAUAACACUAAAUGUUUGAAUUAUUUAUAAAAUAAUCAGUUGACUUUAUGUAUAACUUUUUCUUAUUAUUCAAUAAAUUCUAUGCAUAGAAGUCUGUCUUGCAGCAAUGUGAUAUAUUUAUCUGUCUCCAAAUAAAUACUAAGAACUUAA